GCUACACAAAUAGAAACUAGAAAGCAUUACAACUUCAGAUGUUAUUUCUAAAUAACCAUUUGUUCAAACUGUUUUGCUCGUUAGGUUGUAUGUCUGUCAAGAGACAGCUUAUAUUUGAGGGAGUUAGAGAAAGCAAAUAUAUAGCUCAAAUGGAUAAUGAGAGGAUGAAAGGUAAUGUCAUGUCUGUGGAGCUUGCACUUCAAAGAGAAUUGGAGUAUCAGAAGAGAAUCGAAAAUUUGCAGAAGCCUUCUGACUGUAAUUCUAAAGAACACCUUCUGCCUGGCCAGGGGGUACCUUCUAAAGUUGCACUUGAAGAAACUCGAAAAAAAUUCUCUUUGCAGUAUGAAGCAUGUUCUCAAGGUGUGUUGUUAGACCCUGAAUUCAACAAACAAAAAUUUGAACAUGGGAGUCCUCUUAAAGAGACAACAAUCAGGGAAGUGACCCAUCUGCAGUUUCAGGAACCAUCUACACCAAUCCAGGGAUCAUUACCUUUGGCGGGAAUGAAGCGAAAAACUCCUGAAAACUUCACAUGUUCAUCACCACAACCACAACAAGAGUCUUGCACACUUUUAAACUCUGUACCACAAACAGUCAAUUUAUUGUGCAAGGUAUGCCAAGUCCCUUGUUCAGGUGCAGCCAAUUUCAAGCAACACUGUGCAGGGAGAAAACACAAAAACAAAGUAGAAGAGUUGAAGCACUUGAAGAACAGUGAAGAUGAGAAAGAACUAGGGCCAGUAUGGUGUCAUAUAUGCUUGGUCUCAUGCAUGGAUAGGUCAGCUUACAAACAACAUGUUGCUGGAAAAAAACCUGCUGCUUGUCAAACUGCCUUUAAUAAUGCAAUUAGAGGCCAAGGAAUUGAAACGGGAAACCGAAAUGGCAAAUGGUAAGCCUGAUUACAGUCCUGCACUUCUUUUGAACAAUUUGUGCUGUCAUAUUUAUCGAAUACAGAGUUACGUUCACUGGCUUUUGGAAAAACAUAGUUCUUGUAAAUAACUAAGAGUAGAGAAAACUUUGGAAUGUUGGUCUGGAGUAACUAAUAGUAGUAACAAAAUA